ACUACGCACGGUCACUCCAAAAUUCAGUUUGUACCUGAACACAGACACACAGACCACUGAUAUUUCUGCCGAAAAGUGGUGUCAGUCUUGUUCACCUCAAACAUGUUCACCCGUAACUUUACCCCUUUCAGUCGAUUUCAGAGAUGUUUGGACACCAAACUGCUGUCCCGAUCACCGCAAGCGACUGUUGUGGUUGGCAGUCCUAAAGACACAAGACCGAGGCGAUGGGAUCGUCUGCUCCACACGAGUCGGCCCGCUAGCGUGGCGUUCAUCAAGAACCUAUUCCUUGGCCGGUUUAACAAGGAAGACGUUUUCCCUUACCCAGAAAUCUCCCUGGAGAAAUACAACGACAUCACGCAGAUGUGUGAACCCAUUGAGAAGUUCUUCAAAGAAGAUGUUGAUUCCAAGAAGCAGGACACGGAGGCCAAGAUUCCUGAGGACACACUCCAGACCUUGAAGGACUUGGGUCUCUUUGGGAUGCAAGUGCCUCAGGAGUAUGGUGGUCUUGAACUGUCCAACACCGAGUUUGCAAGGAUAGCUGAAAUCACUGCCUUGGAUGGUGCAAUAGCUGUCACUCUGGCUGCGCACCAGUCUAUCGGUUUUAAGGGAAUUUUAAUCUUCGGUAACAACGAACAGAAGGCAAAGUAUCUGCCCAAGUUGGCUUCAGGGGAACACAUCGCAGCGUUUGCCCUCACAGAGCCCUCCAGUGGGAGUGAUGCUGCGUCAAUACGUACUUCGGCCACUCUGAGUGAAGAUGGCAAACACUACCUUCUUAAUGGAAGCAAGAUCUGGAUUUCCAAUGGUGGAAUAGCGGAUAUCAUGACUGUGUUUGCCAGAACAGAAAUCACAAAUGACAAGGGUGUCAAGGAGGAUAAGAUCACAGCCUUCAUUGUGGAGAGAGCAUUCGGAGGUUUGACCAGCGGGAAACCGGAGGACAAGCUCGGCAUCCGAGGAUCCAACACAACGGAAGUCUACUUUGAGAACACGCCCAUCCCCGUUGAGAACGUGCUGGGGGAGGUUGGCGGAGGAUUCAAGGUAGCCAUGAACAUCCUGAACAGCGGCCGCUUCAGUAUGGGAAGUUCAGGGGCUGGCAUGCUCAAGGUGGCGGUGGGAAUGGUGACAGAACACGCCAACGCGCGCAAGCAGUUCAACACCAAGUUGCGAGACUUCGGUCUGAUCAAGGAGAAGAUCGCCCAGAUGACGGUGACUGCCUAUGUCAUGGAGAGCAUGGCCUACCUGACGGCCGGCAUGCUGGACAGACCAGCACCCCAGGACUGCUCCCUAGAAGCCGCUAUAGUCAAGAUUUACAGCUCUGAAGGUAGCUGGACCCACGUAAGCGAGGCCCUCCAGAUUCUCGGUGGCCUGGGGUACAUGAAGGAUUACCCCUACGAGCGGUACCUGCGCGAUGCCCGCAUCCUGCUCAUCUUCGAAGGCACCAACGAGAUCCUGCGCAUGUAUGUGGCCCUCACGGGCAUGCAGGCGGCAGGCAAGGAACUGACAGAGACGGUCAAAAAGUUGCAGAGCCCCCUCAAGAAUCCAGGCUUCGUGUACAAGGCUCUCGUGGACCGUGCCCUCUACAAGAUGGGUAUCAAGAAAGGAAACGUCAAGCUGGACCACGACAGCGGUGGGGUCCACCCCGUUUUCAACGACACAGCCAAGAAAUUGGAGAAAUUUGUCACCGAGUUUGGCUACACAGUUGAGACACUGCUUGCCAAAUACAAGAAGGGAAUCAUGAACGAGCAGUUGGUCUUGAAGCGUAUAGCCAACAUUCUCAUCGACGUGUAUGCCAUGACGGCGGUCCUGUCCAGAGUUUCCCGAUCCAAGACCAUCGGCUUACGCAACUGCGACCAUGAGAUGCUGAUAGCCAAGACGUUCUGCCAGCAGGCCGAGGAGAGGAUACAGAAGAACUUCUUGGACAUUUCCCUAGCACCAGACCACAAUGGUGAUUCUGUCUUAGAGAGGAUUGCCAACGAGGUGUGCGACAACCGAGGGUACGUUGCGGCCCAUCCACUGACCAGGGAAUUCUAGACUGACCGUCCGAAAUGCUUCGGCCAGUGUGCCUGCCGACCAUGUGGACUCUGGUCUGCGUGUUAUUCAUGUAACAGACUUGUAUCAGCUGUGAACACAGUGUAAUUUAACGUGGUAACAGUUUUCAUUCCCAAGACGAAAUAGUCCAAUUGUACCUUUAACCCCAAGAGUCCCACAUCCUCCAAUUUCAAUACGAUUUUACAUACACCCUAGGGGGUUAGGGUUAAAGCAACAUGUGCCAUUAGCAUGCACUGUAUAAAUAUUUUAAAAGUAAAUUAUGACUUCACUUGGAUGUGUUGUUGACGUCCAAUUUGCUUCAAGUUUAUGAUAGACCCAAUAAAUUAAUAUCGCAGCAAACAUUACGUGCAUUCCAAUGUGGUGAUGAUUCUCCCGUUCAGAUGUUUACUAAGCGGACCACUCCUACCAAUUUGGACAGUAGCAGAAACUAUUUGAUGGGAAAAGAACAAGGAAAUUGGCCCAUCCUCAAAUGAGUUUCCUGCCUGCUUGAUAGCUGGAGUACAUUUACAAAGAAUGGGCCAUUAGAUUUCUGCAUAGCCA